AUGGUUACCACCCCUCUCUCUCUCUCUCUCUCUCUCUCUCUCUCUCUCUCUCAACUAGUGAGCAGUGUUAAGACAGGGUGUUUCAGAAAGACGGGAGAAUCAAUCGAGUCUUUCUCGCUCUUUCGCUCACGUUAUCUCUCUCUCUCUCUAUCUAUCUAUCUAUCUUUCUCUCUCUGUGUCUGUCUCUCUCUCCCUCUCUCUCUAUCUAUCUAUCUCUCUUUCUCUUCAAAACCAAACCCUCUCUUUUCCUUUUUCGUCUCUCGCUUCCUCUCUUCCCUCUUUCUUUCGCUUUCUCUCUUUUCCUCAUUCGCCUUUCUUUCUAUCCUUUCCUUUUCCUCCUUCUUUUCUCUUUCUCUCCUUAUAUCCCCCCUUUUGUUUCUCUCUCCUUUUAUAUUUCCUUCUCCUUCUUUCUCUUUCCUUCUCUCUUCUCUCCUCUCUUUACGCUGUCUCUUCUACUCUCCUUUUUUCUCUCCAUCCUUCACUAUCUUUCUUGUCACUUUCUCUCAUAUGUCCCAUUCCUUUCUCUCUCUCUCUCUCUAUCUAUCUCUUUCCUUACUUAUCAUACCUACUUUCUCUUCUCCACCUCUCUCUUUAAAUAACUCUCUUUCACUUUCCCACCCUCACCUUUACUCUCCAUUUUCCCCUUUCCUUUUCUCACCUCUUUCUCUCCUUAUUCCUUUUUCUCUCCUUCCCUAUCACAGCUCAUCUAUCUUUCUCUCUUUUAAAAAUUCUCUUUCCGCUUUUUCUUUUCAUCUCUCUCUCCUUUUCUGUCAAUCCUUCCAUUUCUUUCCUUCUUUCUUUCCUUAUAUCUCACUUUCCUCUCUCUCUCUCUCUUCCCAAACAUAA